AGAACAUUGUGGAUGGGUGAUUUGGAUGAUUCUAUGGACGAUGAAUAUGUAAAGAAAUUAUUUGCUAAUGAUAUUCGACCAUCAAUUAAUUCUGUAAAGAUUAUUAAAGAUAGAAAUACAGGAAAAUCUAUUGGUUACGGAUUUGUAGAAUUUGCAUCAAUAGAAAUUGCUAAAGCAGUUUUAGAGUCCUAUGCAGGAAAACCAAUACCAACACUUCCGAAUAAGAUUUAUAGAUUAAAUUGGGCAGCACAAAAUCAAGGAUCAAAUCCAUUAUUCUCAAGUCAACCUGGUGGAAAACCAUCAUCAGGUGGAAAGGAAAAUAUUGUUUCUAUUUUCGUUGGUGAUUUAGCACCUGAUGUGAAUGAUUACAUGUUAGAACAAACAUUUAGAAAUAGAUAUCCAAGUGUUAGAGGUGCUAAAGUUGUUAUGGAUCCAAAAAGUGGUAUUUCUAAAGGUUAUGGUUUUGUAAAAUUUGCUGAUGAAGAUGAUAUGAUGAGAUCAAUGACUGAAAUGCAAGGAGUUUAUAUUUCUUCUAGACCUGUUAAAAUUUCACAUGCUACCAAUAAUUUCAAGAGUCAGGGAGCUCUAGAAGAUUUAAUGCCAACUACAAUUAUUACAACUGAUCCACUUGAACAAGAAAAUACAACUGUCUAUGUUGGUAACUUGUCACCUAAUACUGAUGAAAAGAUUUUAAGAGAAUUUUUCCAAGGUUAUGGACCAAUUACCUCUGUAAAGAUACCAACUAAUAGUAAUUGUGGUUUUAUUAAUUUUACAAGAACAGAACAUGCAGAAAGAGCAAUUAUUGAAAUGAACGGUAUAGAAAUUCAAGGAAAUAGAGUAAGAGUUUCUUGGGGAAGAGUUCAACAUAAUAAGAAA